AAUACGAUUAAAGCCCUAGUGGGCAAAGCAGUUGAAACUAAAUUAAAUGAAUUAGAAACCAUUAAUCAAGAACUUAACCAAAAGAAAGCCGCCGUUAAAAAAGUUGAAGAUGCUAUUUGGCACUUGCAAGGAGUAGAAAGAGAAAAAGCCCAUGCCAAGGAUAAUAUUUACAAAAUCAAAAUCGGCACGGCUGAAUCAGAAACUACCGAAGAACAAAUAAUAAACACAGUCGCCCGAACAGUAAAAGCCUUUGAAAAGGUAGAUAUUGCCGACUUCACCGCCAAAUAUAAUGCUAAGCAAAGCGAUGCUACCAAAAGAAAAAAAAUUAAUGAUACCCUAACUUAUAUCCAAAAUUGA